AUGCCUAAGAGCUGUGAAGCAGAAACCAACGGAGACGCAGUCGCAUUUCCGGGACUUUGCAAGGUGCGAUCAAGUCAAAUGAACGACCUGCUGCGACAGCUGACGAGUAGCUCCAGAUCCGAGUUCCAUAAGCACCGGGAUGUCGGCAAGAAGGACUUCGGUACCAUCGAAUAUCUGCUUCGAAGAGGAAGAAAUCAGCUGGAGACAUGGUCUGAGCCGGGUAUCCGAGACAUCCACAGGUAG